AUUGUUUUCUAGUUUGGUAAAAUACAGAGUAUUACUUGCGCAUGCACCUGAGAAGAUGGCAAGUCAAUAUAAAACAAGGAAGUUAAAUGUCGCUUGCGAAGGGUGCAUUCUCACCGUUUAAGCACCAUCACUUCUCAAAUUCCUCCAACCUGAGGAUCAGCUCUCUUCAUUCUUAGUAAACUUAUUCAAUGGCUGGUGACAAGAUGCAGGAAGAGGAAAAAGCUCAGAGUUAUACUGCUCCAUAACUUUGGACUAAUCAAUUCUUCAACCUGUAUCUAAGCACUUGAAUUUUUUUUUCUAUAAAACGUACGUUGUGUUAUCCAAUUAUUCUGAUGACUAUUUUCAUUUAUUUGCUUGUUUUUCAGGACUUUUCUCGAUGGUAGAUUAAGUAACUAAAAUAUAUGAAUGAAUCUUGUAGAUAAAAGUUUGAAUUGAUCACUACUUAGAUAUAUUGUAUAGCUAGUUUUGUGAUAAUUCUUUUGACUAUAUGAUCACAGAAUUCCUCUCAACAGCUGAUUCCAGAUAGAUGGCUACUCCAGUAAUGAAUCCAUCAUCAUACUCAACUGUGGGAGAUCCAGCAGAACAGAGUUACUUCCCCAAUGCUGUAUUCUUCACUCCGAUUUUAACAGAAGAUGCAGUGGAGAAAACCUCCCUGUUAGAAGAUUCCACUUUACGGACCGCUGAAAGUUCUUUCAUUGAUAUUCUUGCUGAUAAAUAUCCACUCUCAACGACUCUUCCCUGUCCUAGUGCUUCUGCUUACAACUUGGUCCAGUCCGACUUUAUCUGUGAUUUUGCCAGGGGCGAAUUUAGUUGCAUGCUAUAUCCACAAGUAGUUGAAAAUGCCCCUCAGGACUAUCCGCAGCCUACUUUACAAUCAUUCAGCCCUGAGAGCUUCUUUAGUGAGGCUGAUGCACGGGUACUUUUUCCGGUGAAUAAAUCUUUAGUUCCAGAUUUUCUAGCUCCGGACAUUUUUGAUAAGAGUCUGCCUAAUUUGCAAUUUAUAGAGGGUGGGGUAAAGGAAAGUCAGAAAUUGAUUGCAUAUGGUGAUCAUAUGAGUUCUGAGGAAGAAACUCGGUCAGUGGCAACUGAGAGGGAGAACAGUGAUAAAAUGGAUUACUCGUUUUGCAAAAGAAGGGAGGUUGAUCACCAAAGUCGUGGUAAGGGAGAAAUUGGUCGUGAGCAUGGGAGACUUGUUUAUCCUGAACACUUUGAGCAACCUGAAAUGUUUAUAAAUGAUGUUUCUGCUACUUUAACUGCUGAUAUAGGCUGGCAAAAUGAACCUGCAGCGAAGAUAAUGAAUAUCUGUGGAAAACCAAAAGAAAAAGGAGCUGGAACAAAACAAAGGAGUAGAAGUGUUAAUAAAAGAAAACUGGUCGAUUUGAGAACUCUACUGAUUCAGUGUGCUGAAGCCGUAGGAGGCAAUGAUUUCAGGAAUGCAAAUGAUUUCCUGAUGCAGAUUAAGAAUCAUUCUUCACCUUUUGGCAAUGCAUCACAAAGAAAGGCCCAUUACUUUACCAAAGCGCUUGAAGCACGCUUGGCUGGCAGCGGAAGUGAGGAAUAUGCAGCUCUUGUAUCAAGCAGAAUUCCCACUGCAAAUAUAGAAGCAUGCAAAUUGCUACUUUCAUCUUGUCCUUUCAUGAAGGUAUCAAAUUUCUUGGCCACCGAGAUGAUUAUGAAACUAGCCAAGAAAGCAACUAGGAUCCACAUCAUUCAUUUUGGCGUUCCCUAUGGUUUACAAUGGAAAUCACUUAUUCAGCGUCUGUCAACAAGGCCUGGUAACCCCCCUAUGCUUCGCGUCACAGGAAUAGACCUUCCUCAGGUGGGAUUGGAGUCAGCAGCAAGAGUUGAGGAAACCGGACAUUUCUUAGCAAAUUGCUGUCAGCAUUUCAAUAUCCCUUUCGAGUACAACGCCGUAACAAAAAAAUGGGAAAGUAUCCAAUUGGAGGACUUAAAGAUUGGCAGAAAUGAGGUGAUUGUAGUUAACUGCUUAUACAGGCUAAGGCAUCUAUUAGAUGAGACAGCCGAUUUGAGCAGUCCCAGAGAUACUGUUCUGAACCUGGUAAGGAAACUUAACCCUGAUAUUUUCAUUCAUGGCAUUGUUAAUGGUUCCUACAAUGCCCCCUUCUUUGUUUCACGUUUCCGGGAGGCACUCUACUACUUCUCUACAAUGUUUGAUAUGCUUGAAGAGAUUGUACCCUCUGAAUAUGAUCAGGAGAGAGUGGCACUGGAGGAAAAUAUAUAUCGGAAGGAAAUCUUGAAUGUGGUUGCAUGCGAAGGAUCAGAAAGGGUUGAGAGACCAGAGACAUACAAGCAGUGGCAGGUCCGUCACCUGAGAGCUGGGUUGUUGCAGCUUCCAUUGAACCAGGACAUGCUGAAGAACGCAAAGGCUCACGUGAAAUUGCGCUACCACAAGGAUUUUUUGGUGGAUGAGGACAAGAAUUGGAUGCUACAGGGAUGGAAGGGCCGAAUUCUCUUUGCUCUUUCCUUUUGGAGGCCUGCCAAGAAGCCUUAAGGAACACUUUGUGUAUCUAUUUCCCUGUUAUAAUUAGUUCUAGCUAUAGCUUGAGCAAAUCUAUCAAUUGCACAAUUGCAAUUGAUUCUUGCUCUUUCAGGUGUCUUAU